AGAACUCCGAAAAAGGAAGAUAGACUUCGAACCGUACGUAGAAUCGGAUGGAGAUUCCCAACAUUCGUCAGAGCACCCAAUGGCCCAUCAGAUAGCCCAUCCAGCUUACGUGACUACCGCCAACACAACCUCCCAAAUACCUACUUCCCAAACACCAGCAACGUCAAACAUGUCAUUCGUCACGCAUCUAUACUCAGCAAGCUAGAUCUCCCGAUAUUCGAAGGCAACCUACUCGAAUUUCCCGAAUACUGGGCCCGCUUCUCCACCUUGAUAGGUGACAAACCGCAACUCGACGGCGCUACAAAAUUUUCACUUCUCAAGUCUACACUUCGAGGUCGAGCUCUACAGACGAUCAAGGGUCUGGCAAUAACAGCUGCUAACUAUCCAAUAGCAGUCGAAAUCCUGAAGAAUCAUUUCGAGGAUCGAGUAACAACGCGCCAUAUCCUCUAUACUCGACUCGCCUCUCUCCCAUCAUGCGACAACGAAGGCAAAAACCUUUUCGCCCUUUACUCGCAAAUGUUUGCAAUGGUUCGCCAGUUCACAACGUAUGAAGAUGACUCAAAAGAAUACGCACUCGGAGCAAUUCUACUGAAUAAGCUUCCACGCCACAUCCGAAGCCGUGUUUACGAUCACACUGGAAACAGCGAAAACCUCGUUCCAACUCAACUUCUUCACAUACUCACCAAAAUCGUCAGAAAAGAAGCAGUACUGGAGGAAAUGGCAGAUCGCUCCAACUUCUAUAGUGAUUUUCUCAUGAACGCUGCCUUCCAGAACAAGAAGCCUCAAUCCAGACGAAGCGAACCUCAACUUCCCACAAGGAAACGUCAGUUGCAGAAAACCUGCAAAUUCUGCGGAGAUAUCGCACACAACUCUUCUACAUGCACAACAUAUAAGACUCCGAGGGAACGCGUCAAGGUCAUCAAAACGAAGCAUCUCUGCUACAACUGCCUGUCUCCACGACAUGCUACAAAGCAAUGCCCCUCCAAGAACUCCUGUAUUCAUUGUAGCAAACGUCAUCACUCGUCAGUAUGCUUCACUCAAAAUCCAGCAGGACAAGCAAUUCAACGGCUUCACCGUCCAAUGCAAUUACGUCCUCCACCACUAGCGCCACGACUACCACUUCAUCGGUCAAACGCGACCAUCGAGAAUCCUAACCAGGACAAUAUCUCAGCUCCUACUGAAGGCGGGCAAAGGCAGCGGCUCUUUGAAGUAGACUACAAUAAACAACAACAUCAGAAACCUGAGGAAACUCCACGAGUCUAUGCGGCAGAUAUAAUCAACGCAAACGUAACUUCGAAGGCGAGUCUUAUGAUGUGUGUACCAAUAACACUCUACAAUCCAGAUCAACCGUUGCUGAGAUUGGACACUACUGCAUUCUUCGACAGUGGCGCCUCCACAACAAUAAUCAAAAAGGAUAUCGCUCAACGCUUGAAUUUGAACAUGGAAGAAGAGCAGCUUAUUUCUUUCCAGACCUUCGCGAAACGUGAACCACAAUCACAUAUGUCUUCGAAAGUCAAGGUUGGUCUACUUCUGGAGAACUAUGAACAAAUCGUCUUACAUGUGAGGACGCUUCCAUUCAUUAUGGAACCAAUGCAAAUGGAACUGCUCAAUCAACAUCAACGAGACGACACAAAGACGUGGAGCGUGAACACUCAACCAGGUCUACUGAUAGGAAGCGACUACUUCUGGGAACUCAUGUUGUCAGACAAUUUCUACAUCAAGCAACUGCCAAACGGAUACAACCUCAUCCACUCAAGACUCGGAAACAUAAUCACUGGAAAGCCUCUUCCAAGCCACCGAUCAUUUGUGACAAUAAGCGACGCCGAUGACGUAGAAAAUCCACUGCAGCAUCAAAAACUUGAAGAAAUAGUGGAAAAAUUCUGGUCCCUUGAAUCUGCUGGAAUAUCUGAUGAAAUCGCUCGAUCUGAUGACGACAAGUGCCUUCAAGAAUUUACCGAUACCAUACAUUUCGAUUUAGAUGAGGGACGAUAUGUGCUCGACUUACCAAUCCGGGAAAGCUACAUUUGGUCUGAUAGCAAAGCCGCCACCACUACCAGUUUUCAUCAACAACCGCAUCAAAACGAUAAAAAAGAACGCUCCGACAUCCGAAUUGAGAUUUGUUCCCGGGGACCAGCAGACACAGGAAGUCGAGGCCUAAACGUGAAGGAGCUUCUAGAAUCAAAGCUGUGGUUCAGUGGACCAGAAUUCCUGCACAACUCCGAAAAAUGGCCAAAAGACAUUAGUCAUGUCACGGACGAGCUCGACGUAGAAAAAGAACUCUUCGCGUCAGCGUCGAUAAAUUACGAACCACUAUUCGAGGAAGAAAGAUUCAGUACCUGGACAAAACUUCUCAAUACGAUAGUCCUGGUUCUACUCUUUGCAGUAAGAAAAUCGUCGAAAGCAAAAGAUUACUUCUCCGACAAGAGAAGCCAUCUGAUUGCAGCAGCUGAAAUCAUCGUUUGCCGACAAGCGCAGCUGAGUCACCCUCCGGAUGACACUACAAGACAGCAACUAAACUUGUAUUACUGUAAGGAUACCUUGCUAUGGAAAUCUCAAGGAAGGAUCAAUAAUGCAAAACUACCACCUCACACCAUUGAGCCAGUUUAUCUUCCUAGACAAAGCUACAUCUCUUCGCUAUAUAUCCUCCACGUCCAUCAGAUCAAUCACCACUGCGGAGUGGAACAGACGUUGUGUGAAAUCCGCACGAAAAUAUGGAUACCUAAGGGAAGGCAAACGGUGAAGAAAACAAUCAACAACAAUUGCUACAUGUGCCGGAAAGCAAAAUCCAAGCCGUAUGCAUUACCAGACUUUCCCAUCCAUCCUCGCGAACGAGUUACCCGACCACAAUACCCGUUUGAACGAUGUGGUAUUGACUACAUGGGACCCUUCCAGUACAGAGUCGACAACCUUACUAUCUCGAAAUAUUGGAUCGUCCUCAUCACGUGUUUAAAUACCAGAGCCAUCGUCACUGAUAUCGUAACAAGUAUGUCUGCUAUAGCUCUCCUUCACGUAAUGAGGAGAUUCAUCGCAACAAAUGGAUUCCCACGAUGGAUUGUUUGUGAUAACGCCAAGGUUUGCUUGUUCAAGACGAAGGAAAACGACACAACUAUAACAGACUAUUGUGCAAACCGCAAAAUUCAAUUCCAUUUCAUAGCAAGCCACAGUCCAUGGCAAGGAGGGAUAUACGAAAGAAUGGUCGGUCUUUUCAAGGCAUCAUAUCGAAGCGCAGUUGGAAAGGACAUCUACGACAUUGAGACCUUGAAGACUCUCGUAGCAGAAUGUGCAGCGAUCUGCAACUGUCGUCCAUUAACGUACGUCAACGACGAGUUAUUGCAUAUCCCUCUACGACCAGUGGACUUCUUGAGACCCACCGCCAUAGUCUCCAUCCCUCGAAUCGAAAGGAUCGAAGAAACCCAGGCGAAUACGAAUAUACAAAGCGACCUCAUCGAAAUGUGGCAAUCGACACAAGAAAUAUUGGAUUUUUUCUGGAAACGAUGGAGCAAGGAAUACAUAUUGAGUCUGAGAGAACAAUACCAACGUUCGCACAAACAUCCGCGUCUGGAGCAUAAAGCUGAACAUCCAAACCUUCACGACUACGUCAUCAUCCAGGACGACACGUUAAAAAGAGGACAAUGGAAAUUAGGCCAGGUAGUCGGAUCCAACGACGAGUACCAGAGGACAGUGCAGCUUCGUCUCGCGAAUAAGGAG